CUCCCUGCGCGGCUGGGCAGAGUUCCUGGGGGAGGGGAUCGAGGCGAAGAAAAGAAAAUAGCGCAAGGAAGAAGUUAAAGACAAAGAGGAAUGAGUCAAAAGAGAAGUUCUGACUGAGAGACUCGUGGAACACGUGGAGCGUUAUGGAUAAAAGAGUUUAUUUUAAUGCCUGAAACUCAGAACGCUUGAAAGUCAGAACAACAUCACAGUUUAUAGUCAGAUUUAAGACAUGGCAGAAUGAACGAUCAACUGUGCAAAGAUUAAAUAACAUGUGACAGUGGGUUAGACACGUUUUCCCAGGGAUUUUCACCACAAAAAAAAACCUUACCGGAACAUUAUGGAAAAUCCGAGGACAGCCAGUUCACAGAAGAGUUGGAAGUUCGUGCGGGACUCUCUGCUGCUUUGCUUUUUUGCCGGUCAUGGAGACGCUCAGUGCGACAGCUGUAUUGAGUACUGCUGUGAUGGGGUUCCUCCUUUCUGCUGCUCUUACUAUGCGUAUGUGGGAGACGUGCUCUCGGGAACAGCCAUCUCAGGGAUCGUGUUUGGUGUGGUGUUUUUGAUGGGUGCAGUGGCCGCCAUCUUUCUGUGCAUCUGUAUGUGUGUGAAGAACGGGCGUGGGGCGAGAGUUGGCGUCUUCAGCUCAUCAUAUAUCAACACUGUGACUCAGGGUUACCCAGGUCCUCCACCUCCUUAUAGCUAUGAUUAUGAGAUGUACCCUCCUGAUCUACGGCCGCCUCCAUACACACCAACUCCACCCAGAGUGGCAAACUACUCUCCACCUCCACCUUAUCCAGGCUACAGCCGCAAAUGAGCCUCCUUAUGUGCCUGAUUCUGAGAGGAUGAAAGUUGCACUAUGAAAUGCACACAAUGAAAACAACACAAACUGGUGUUGGACUGCCAGUGCUCUGUCAAUAAAGCAGGGAUUUCCACUCACUGGACCAGCCGCAAAGAUGAUUCUUACAUGUGGAUUUGACUAUUUUCAUUCAUGGCAUGGACAUUUAUGGUCUCACAAAUCUAAAGAACACUAAUAAACAUUAUUAGGCAACAGGAGACCAGGACAGGCCUAAAAACUCAAGAUAAAAAAUGUGAUUUGGUAAAUGUAUUUUCUUGUGAUGCGGUUUGUUCGAAAUCAGUGUUAGCCUAUUUCUUUAAAUGUCAAAUUAAAAUACAGUGAAAUUAACUGUUAAUAUGGGAGUAAACUUCAUAUGUGUUGUACAGUACAGAGUAACAUUAUAUUCUUAUACCUACAAUGUUUCUGAGUGUCUUGAUUACUUUCAAAUCAACUGAGGAAAUAAUAUGCUAAAUGUAUUUAUUCAUAGAAAAUUGAAAGAGCAACUUGUAUUUGUAAUUGGCUACUAGCUAUUAUAAAAACAUACCAGAUAUAGUUAACUGUUCCCAGAA